AUGCUCAACAUGCUCUGUCUCCGGUGCAGGGCCUUGCCCUCUGCCCUCAGGACAUCUGCCAUGCAGUCACAAGUAACAAGGUGCGUCUUGGCCUCUUCUCGAGAGAGAUCGACUUAUUUCUUUCUAUAUGAGCCUACCGGAUACUCACACACAAAACAGAAUCCCAUUCUCUCAACCGCCAUCUUCAUCUCUCCGCGCAUUCUCCGCAAUUUCCCCAUUCCCAGCUCACCAAUUCCUCCGUCCCUCUACUCAGAAUGUCCAUGUCCCGUCCCUAUUCCGUCCAUCAUUAUCGACGGCACCCCAGUCCGGACUUGGAUUCGCAUUCGCAUCCUCCCCGGCCCAAACCAGGUCUUUCUCCGCCAGCGCCUCCCUGGGCGGUAA